AUGGCAGCUACAAAAACAGCUAUCUUAUCUGUUUAUGAUAAGGCUGGACUGUUGGAUCUUGCCAAAGGUCUAACCAAGAACAACGUCCGGCUUCUUGCGUCUGGUGGUACAGCAAGAUUAAUCCGAGAGGCUGGCUUCAACGUCGAGGAUGUGUCGGCCAUUACACAUGCGCCGGAAAUGCUUUCUGGCAGGGUCAAGACCCUUCACCCUGCCGUGCAUGCUGGUAUACUGGCACGGGACUUAGCAUCUGACGAAAAAGAUCUUGCAGAUCAAAAUAUCAACAAGGUCGACUAUGUAAUCUGCAACCUUUAUCCUUUCAAGCAGAAAAUUGCCCAGAUCAAUGUCACGAUCCCGGAGGCCGUUGAAGAAAUUGAUAUCGGUGGUGUGACGUUGCUCAGAGCAGCAGCCAAGAAUCAUACAAGAGUCACCAUUCUGAGUGAUCCAAUGGAUUAUCCGGACUUUUUGCAGGAAUUAGACCGAGGAGAGAUUACAGAGGCCAGCAGAAAUCUCUAUGCUCUUAAAGCCUUUGAACAUACCGCAGACUACGAUGCAGCUAUCUCAGAUUUCUUCCGAAAGAAGUAUGCCGGAGAUGGUAAGCAGCACUUGUCUUUGAGAUAUGGCGAAAAUCCGCAUCAGAAACCUGCAUCUGCGUUCAUGCGAGGGGAAGAUCUGCCAUUCAAGGUACUGUGUGGGUCUCCGGGAUACAUCAACCUUCUGGAUUCUUUGAAUGCGUGGCCGCUCGUCAAAGAGCUACGAAAGGCCCUCAAUUUCCCAGCAGCUGCUAGUUUCAAGCACGUAUCGCCUGCCGGAGCUGCCAUCGGCGUCCCGCUGAGCGAAGUGGAACGAAAAGUCUACAUGGUAGAUGAUAUUGAUGGUCUUUCUGAAUCGGGACUUGCUCAAGCCUAUGCACGUGCUCGCGGAGCUGACCGAAUGUCAAGUUUCGGUGAUCUCAUUGCUCUUUCUGACAAGGUCGAUGUGCCAACGGCGAAGAUCAUAUCUCGCGAAGUCUCGGACGGCGUAAUAGCUCCCGACUACGAUUCCGAGGCGCUAGAAAUCUUGAUGAAGAAGAAAGGAGGCAAAUACUUGAUUCUGCAGAUGAACGAGACAUACAAGCCACCAUCUCAGGAGACACGAACGGUGUAUGGUGUUCAAUUAUCGCAAGCUCGAAAUGACGUAGAGAUUUAUCCAAAGGAGACCUUCGCCUCAGUAGUGCGGCCCAAAGACUCCAGAUCACUGCCCGAUCCAGCGCUACGCGAUUUGACAGUUGCUACCAUUACGGCGAAGUUCAUCCAAUCCAACAGCGUGGCCCUAUCGCUAAAUGGGCAGGUCAUCGGCCUUGGUGCGGGUCAGCAGAGUAGAAUACAUUGUACACGACUGGCAGGCGACAAGGCAGACAAUUGGUGGAUGCGAUUCCAUGAACGGGCCCUGAACCUGAAAUGGAAGAAGGGCACCAAGCGACCGGACAAGAGCAACGCGAUUGACAUGCUCUGUAGUGGACAGGUGCCACGUACGAGUGGUAUUGAAAAAGAGGCCUUUGAGAACAACUUUGAGGAAGUGCCACAACCUUUUACGGAGCAAGAACGUGAGGCAUGGUUGUCCAAGUUGAGCGAGGUUGCUCUUUCGAGUGAUGCUUUCUUCCCUUUUAUUGACAACGUCUUCCGAGCUGCACGGUCAGGCGUGAAAUACAUCGCAGCUCCCAGUGGGAGUCAAAAUGAUCAAGCUGUGUUUGACACGGCAGACAAGCUCGGGAUUACCUUUGUGGAACAGAGCACACGACUCUUCCAUCAUUGA